AUGUCCUUCUCAGGCCAUGCCCAAAAGACCAGCAAAAGGACUUUUCCAAUGGAAUCUGUUCUAAUGCCCCAAGUUCCACGUGGCAAUUACUUGCAUCUUCAGGAAGAGAAGCAAAGACUACAGCUCAAGAAAUUCCUUCUUCAUAGGAUGUUUCUUGUGGCCAAGAUAACAGCAAACACAGAAAAAAAAAUUAUUGCUGACUACUAUGAACAAGUGCUUCAGUCAACUUUAAAACUUCACAAAGGAGAAGCAGUGACAGGGUUUUUGCUCAUCUAUCCUACUUCUAUUCUGCAUAUUCUUGAGUCCUCCAGUGAUACGCUUUACCAAAUUCUUUUAGAUCAUCUUGACCAGAAAAAGAAUGAUACAGAAUUUUUUAUCCAUGGGAUGAAAAUUAUAGUUGUGUCCCAUAACAUCCCGACAAGACUCUUCAUGCAAUGGCAUGUAUCAGAAAUAAAAGUUCCAGUCAUGUAUCUCGAUGAUGUCACACAGACACAGUCCCUAGAAGAGGUCAUCACCGAGUUUCUCACCCAGACUCAUAAACUGGCAGUUCACCUUUUAAAGACUGUGAAAGUGAGUGCUAAAGGACCAGGGGAUAACUUGCACCAACUAGCACCUGAAUUGCUCAUCCCAGAACAAAUAAUAAAGUACUUGUGCAAAUCUGAAGAAUUCAUGGAUCCAGAAGCUUUCCUAAACAUGUAUAAUAAACCCAUACAUAUCACUUUGGAUUCUGAGGUGGUAUGGCCUGCUCCUUCCCAUUUCUAG